AUGCGAAGAGAAGGAAAGGGCGGGAAGCGGCCGCGCACCGUCAGCCCGCUUUGCCGCCGCCGCCGCUUUGCCGCCAAAACCGCCGCCCGUGGGCGGGAGAGCGGAGGAGCCUCCCCGGAGGGGCCCUCCUGGAGGCGGGCAGGGGGCGCGGCCGCGCAUCCGCCGGGCCUCGCGCUGCCCCCGGCCCCAAACGGGGGUGAGGGAGCCCCCCAGCGCCCCCCUGCGGCGGGGCGGACCGGUGCGGCGCUCCCCGCCCCACAGACUUGUUGGCACGGCUCUUGUCUCACCCCGCAGGCUGAAGGAGAUACCAAGGGCGAUAAGGCCAAAGCGAAGGAUGAGCCACAACGGAGAUCGGCAAGGUUAUCUGCUAAACCUGCCCCUCCGAAGCCAGAGCCUAAACCUAAAAAGGCAGCUCCAAAGAAGAGUGAGAAGGUGCCCAAGGGAAAGAAGGGGAAAGCUGAUGCUGGCAAGGAGGGAAACAACCCUGCAGAAAACGGAGAUGCCAAAACAGACCAGGCACAGAAAGCCGAAGGUGCUGGUGAUGCCAAGUAAAAUGUGUGAAUUUUUGAUAACUGUGUACUUCUGGUGACUGUACAGUUUGAAAUACUAUUUUUUAUCAAGUUUUAUAACAAUGCAGAAUUUUGUUUUACUUUUUUUUAAGCUAUGUUGUUAGCACAGAGACCGCUUUGUUGUUGUGUUUUGAGGGGGUGGGGGGGGGCAGUGGGACAAAUAUCACUUAAUCUGUUUCUUGGAAGCUAAAUUUUGAAAGUUUACCCUUCCCCAGUUUUUUAGAAGGACUCUUCCUAAUGGAGCAGGAAGGGAUUCCUUCAUGCUGCACCUCUUCCUUUUGUGGACCACAUCAGAGUGAACGGAAGCUCCUGAGAUGCCCAUUGCCAACUUGAGAACUGCAGUUUGCAUUUCCUUUCAAUGCAAAAGGAAUUGCAUUGAAAUUCCUGCCCUCUGUGUUUCCUUUCAUGCCCUCCCUUUUUGCCUAGAGCCCAUCACUCUGAAAUACAGCAGAAACGGCAUGUUGGGACUCACCACUCUGAAUGCAUUGUCAGGUGAUCUGGACUUCUGGUGUAUAAUUCGGGAUAUAAUAGCUCUAGAAGGAGCUGCAUUUCCUCUUUCAUAUUGUGGAUCUACAGAUUAAGGAAUCUGCAGGUUUUUAAUUUUUCCUCGCAAAGUCAGGGUAGAUUUGUGAAGAGUUGUUAAACAACAUGCUGAAUGUGAAGUGUUCACCCUCACUCUAAACAUUGCCCUCUACAAGUAUACAAAAAUGAAGAUCUGUCUGUUUUAUAGCAGCCUUUAUGUUUGGGUAGUCCAUGAAGGGAGGGGAGUUUGACAGUUGUUGUAAAAUGUUGCAGAUUGUAGCCCAUGUCCUGCCUAAAUUACCAUGAUUGUUUAUGAAAAGUACCUUUAAUAAAGCUGGAUACGGUUUGGCUUGGACUGUU